AUGGAGAAGAAGGACGAGCUGCCAUCAACACCAACCUCAUCAAAGGCCAAGGGCGACUCUUCGCCCUCGCCAUCGCCCUCGCCCUCUCAGGAGAGCGAGAAAACGGGCCACAAGCGAAAGCGAAGCGACCAAUCUGCGGCCGAAGUGGGUUCGAUUAUGGAGGACAUGCGCCAGGCCGGAGCACAGGACGGCAUCACCUCUACGAGUGCCAGCACCCAGCGACCUCUGGGUGAAGGCGAAGCUGCGUUUCUGAGCCUGGUGAUGCAAGCUGCCAACAGCGAGCCAAUCGAUGAUAUGUCGACCGAGCCGACGGCGUCGCUUCCCGACCAACUGCUCGAGUCCUUCAUCGUCCGGGCUGUGGCCGAGGUGAUGAGGCGAGAGGAGGAGGACCUGCGCAGGGCCAUCGCCGCUUCGAUGGCGAUGACCGCGGCAGCGCCCGGCGCGAGCAUGGACGACCACCAGAUGGUGCUGAGCGAGCCGAUGCCCGACAACCCCGAGAGGGCAGCUGUCAAAGUGGAGCCGUGGGUGCCCGCGAAGACCGAGACACCCCUCACGCUCCGCCGGCUUCGGCCGCCGUGGUUGGAUGCCUUCCAAGAAUUCCAAGCACGGGGCAUCUCUUUGGAGGAGUGCAAGGCCGAGGUCGAGCACACGUGGCAGUCGUUCCUGGCCGAGGGGACCGACAAGCGGGCGUGGACCAAGGUGCCCCCGACGGUCACCGCCUGGGAGGGCAUCGUCGAGUUCGUGCAAGAGCGAGCACGAGAGACGCAGGAGGAGGAAGAUCGAGAGCGAAAAGAGCGGAGAGAGAAGCGGAAGAAGGAACUCGAGCAGUUGGCCGAAGACGCCAAAAGGGCCAAGGAGGAAAAUG